AUGAAGGUGAAGAGGAUCAAGAGAGCCAAUCGCAUCCUCACAUUCUUCAAAUACAACUACAAAAUUGUACCACCUUUCAGGGUUCUAGUCGAUGGGACGUUCUGUAACGCUGCCCUCGCUAACAAGAUUAACUUACGUGAACAACUCCCUAAGUACCUCGGUGGAGAUGUGGAUAUUGUUACUACUAAGUGUGUGUUAGCUGAACUUGAGCGUUUGGGAUCUCCGGUCUAUGGAGCACUAGUUAUAUGCCGUCAGUUUGUAGUGGAUAUGUGCCCUCACACACCUCACCGCUCUCCAGCGGAAUGCCUGGCUCAUCUUGCUCGUCGUGCUACUAAAGGAAAUACGAAGUACAUUGCUGCCACCAAUGACGAUUCGCUCUCAGAGAAGCUGCGCACUAUUGCUGGCACUCCCAUUCUCUAUAUAAAAUAUAAUGCAAUUUUACUUGAUCGAGUUUCUGAGGCCUCUAAAACAGGAGCUGAAACUCCGAAAGUCGAGAUCAAUACCGUUAAAGCAAUGAAAGCAGCCGUAUUUGGUGAACAAGAAGGGAAGAAAAAGAAAAGGAAAAUAAAGGGGGUUAAUCCACUAUCAUGUAAAAAGAAGAAAGUGAACGUUAACGUAGCAGUUAGGAGCGGAGAGCGAACUGCCAGUGGUAAGAGGAAGCGGUCAAAGCGGAAGUCAGUCGUGACUUCUGAAGGUUCGAAGUGUGACGACUAA